AUGAUGCUUGCAGGCUGUGGCUGUGAACGUGAAUCCAUUGGCAAUUGCACCGUCGAGAAGCUCUCCCAGUCGAACGAGAUUUGCGGUGCGUCAGGCUACAGCAAAGUCAUGAGUGGCGACACAACUGUGGCAGACUGCUGCGCGGCGAUCAAAGCUGUGCAGGAUUGCUACACGGUUUGCUCCUGUGACACGGAAUGCGCAGUUCAAGACACGGCCACCGCCUGCCCAGCAACUGGGACACUAAAGGAUCCCAUUGGUUUUUGGCAGUCGAUCCUUGAAGGUCUGAGCAAAGACGGUGAGACCUGCGCCACGGCGGGCGUAACAGGCACGAAGUGCUGA